AUGUACCGCAUGCAAAGAGGCAAACAAGUCGGUUUAUCGCAGGGAAAGGAACUUGAUUCUAAAGUUUAUACAAAAUUGUCCCACGAGCGCCUUUGGGUACCCGGGACAUUGCUCAAGCAGUCCGGAACGCCAACUGCCAUGGAACUUGGCGAUAGAAAAACGGUCCGUCGGCACACGAAUCAUGUGCGUUCGUGCCCGACCAAUAGGGUCACUGUCGAAGACUCAAAUGAGAGUUUGGAAAAUCACGAGGAGACAAACAGUGACACUCCACAAGCCAUUCUCGUUUGUGACGAACCGAUUGCGGUCCGCAAGCUCAUACAUGCACCAAAACCAAUUGACCGUUUUGUUUCCGGGCAAUGA